CCGCAUUAUUGAGUUUUCCGGUCUGAAACCUACCGUCCAGUUCUGAGGUCCUUCCGGGCUGUCUCUGCAGAAGCGGGGAGCCGCGUGUACAUCAUUACAAUAGCACAUUUUACCACUACUCGGAAAACUAACUAUAACUGAAGAUGGCUCCGAAGAAGGCGGGUGAUGGACCAAAGCAGCCUCCUCUGAUUGGACGAUUUGGGACCUCUUUGAAGAUUGGAAUUGUUGGAUUGCCAAAUGUUGGGAAGUCAACCUUCUUUAACGUGCUCACCAAAAGCCAGGCCGCAGCCGAAAACUUCCCCUUCUGCACCAUCGACCCCAACGAGAGCCGCGUGCCCGUCCCCGAUGAGCGCUACGACUUCCUGUGCGAGUACCACAAGCCCGCCAGUAAAGUGCCUGCCUUCCUGAAUGUGGUGGACAUCGCAGGACUGGUAAAGGGGGCCCACGCAGGACAAGGGCUGGGGAACGCCUUCCUGUCUCACAUUAGUGCCUGCGACGGAAUAUUCCACAUGACACGGGCGUUUGAGGAUGAGGACAUCAUCCACGUGGAGGGGAACGUGGACCCCGUGAGGGACAUGGAGAUCAUCCACGAGGAGCUCCGGCUGAAGGACGAGGAGAUGAUCGGGCCCAUCAUCGACAAGCUGGAGAAGACCGCCGUCAGGGGCGGGGACAAGAAGCUCAAACCUGAAUACGACAUAAUGCUGAAAAUCAAGAGCUGGGUGAACGACGAAAAGAAGCACGUCCGCUACUUCCACGACUGGAACGACAAAGAGGUUGAGGUGCUGAACAAGUAUCUGUUCCUGACGUCCAAGCCCAUGAUUUACCUCGUGAAUCUCUCGGAAAAAGACUACAUCAGAAAAAAGAACAAGUGGCUGGUGAAGAUUAAGGAGUGGGUGGACAGCCACGACCCCGGGGCCCUGGUGAUCCCCUUCAGCGGCGGGCUGGAGAGCAAACUGCUGGACAUGAGCGAGGAGGAAAAGACCAAGUACUGCGAGGAGCACAAGACGCAGAGCGUGCUGACUAAGAUCAUCAAGAGCGGCUACGGAGCCCUGCAGCUGGAGUACUUCUUCACGGCGGGUCCGGAUGAGGUGCGCGCCUGGACCGUCAGGAAAGGCACGAAGGCUCCUCAGGCUGCUGGCAAGAUCCACACGGACUUUGAGAAGGGCUUCAUAAUGGCCGAAGUGAUGAAGUACAGUGAUUUUAAAGAGGAAGGCAGCGAGGGCGCCGUCAAGUCUGCUGGGAAAUACAGGCAGCAAGGCAGGAACUACACCGUGGAAGACGGAGACAUUAUCUUUUUCAAAUUCAACACGCCGAACCAGCCCAAGAAGAAGUGAGCAGGCGCCAUCGCCCAGCCGAACAGAAUGAACUGAUGUGAGGGGCGGGGCGAAGUGCCCUUUUUUUUCCCGCCGAAAUGACACGGGGACGCUUGAUUGGCACCUGCCAGGAACACCCACCCUUCCUCCUGCCCACCUUCACAUCUCUGUUUGGUGUUUGGUUUCAGUGUGGAAAAUACAGACCCCCUCCACCCCUCCCCCCCCAUUGCCCUGCUGCAUAUUCACAGGUCCACCAAAACACUGACUGCUUUGCUGUUUUAAGAUUAGGAUACCCCCCUCUAAAUCGGGAGUCUUUUGAAGAAGCACAUUGCUCUCCAGAUACUUCAUUAAUCUCCAUCAGCGGUGCCAGGUUUGACACGCAGACGGCCGGGACAAUGGAGUCCGGCUGCCGGGCUGCGUCUCCUGAUAAUGCAUGCUUUACAGUAGCCCAGAUGUCCACGCUCAAUAAAACGUUUGCGAAAAAA